AAUGAGAAGGAUAAGACAUUUGUCUAUCAGGAGGAAGGGACAGCAGUCUUUAAGUUGUACGCGGUGCACUCGGGGCAUGAACCUGGCCCUUUGGAUGGGAAUGCGAGGAUAAUACAUCGAGUUGUUGGGCAUAAAGGAGGGUUCUUGAUGGAUCAGGAAACAGUGUAUGGGAUGGGUGAUGAAGCAGAAAAUGAAGACUUUGGGUUCCUUGUGAAGGAUGGUGGAGAUCUGCAACAUUCGAUUUUGCAGCAAAUGCAGGAAGCAAGGAAUGAGAUUGGGCUACUUGAGGGCCAGAUCGGGAAAGUUCCUCAUGAGUUAUUGUGCUCGGUAUCUCGUGAAUUGUUUGAUUUUGUGAAUAAGCUUAGGCAUGUGAGAGAAUAUGGAUCAAAGUCAGUUGGAUUGCUCUCAGAUAAGCCGAUCUCGGAUGAUCUCUUGGUUGGGGAAAAUGAUUUGGCAGAUUGGGGCGCUCAUCAUCAUCAUCAUCGCAUUUAUGAGGAUGGUAAGGAUGCAGAGCUCAUCGAGGAAGAUGAAGACAGCUUCGGGAGGACACUUGGGGAGGUUGCAUCUUGGGAUCAGAUAAGGCCAGGUUGUAGGAACGAGAAGGAUCUACUGGGUGAGUCUUGUAAAUCAGAGAAACCAUUGGAAUGCAAUGAGUUUGAUCAGAAGCGCAUUCUUGAAUGUGGGAAUUCUAAACUGACCAAGCCCUUAAGGCAUGAUGAGAGUAUAGAUACAGAUGUAGGUUUCGUUGUAGAGAACUUCUACCCAGAGAACCCUAAAUGGUUUGAUUCGCCCUGUGAACUGGACUCCGGCACAGAUUGUGGUGACAGCGGAUUCAAGCCUGGGGAGAUUGUUUAGAGAUCUUACAGCUGGUGACCCACUCUAACUUAAUUCUGAGUCUUCUGUUCCAUUUUUCAUACUCUAAUGUUAGAAGUGGGUUGUAUAUUUGUGUAAACAAAAGGUUGAAACUUCUGGCAACCUCUUUGUUGUCUUUGCUGUUGUAAUUCUGUAAAGUACAGCCUAUGGGCUUCUUUGCACAUACAUUAGAUAGUGAUUUGACUUGUCAUAAAUUUUCAAAACUUCAACUUCGUUUUUCAUA